AUGGCUCACGUACCGCGGUGGCCGCGCCGCAAGAAAGAUGUCGCCCCGCCAACUCUUAUCACCACGGACUUGUCCGGCAACAAUAAUAACUCCUCCCCCAGCAGCAAUAAGUUGGCCGCCGCGGUAGCUGCCCCAGCCGAGUCGCAGCCCGCUGCGGCGCCCGCGCCUGUGCCCUCUCCUGGCCAGGUGCGCUCCUCGCUACACAAGCUGAAGGGAGUCUUUCAUCGCUCGGCCAAGCGCGCUCGUGACUCGCCCCCUGCUUCACUGCCGCACUCUCCUGCCGCCGCGCCGGUGUCUGUGGCGACUGGGAAUGGCAAUGGGAAUAGCAAUGGAGGGAAUAGCAAUGGGAACUUGAAUGUCAACGUGUCUGAGAUUAGGCCUGUCUCGCCGCUGUCUCUCAAGACGGAUGCCGCCAGCACGAUGGAGAAGGCCACCAAGACGCCAAAGAUGCCGGCGUUUUUGGAUCUGCCGAAGCAGGAAAUCGAGAAUCGCUUCUCCGAGAUCGUCUGGCGCGAGCGUCAUCGCAUGAUGCAGUCACUGACAAAUCCGUCUCCCGACUUCCGCUGGGCCCGUGUUACCGGUCCCCACCUCAAGCUCCUCGAUCGCUACGUCAACAUCCAGCCCUGGAACAAUAACCGUGUCAAGCUUCGCGUGCCCGAAGGCAAGCUCGACUACAUCAACGCCUCACCUAUCAUCCUACACCCGCGCGCUGCGCGCGACGGUUCUACCAAGGAGCCUUCUCGGUAUAUCGCCAUGCAGGGCCCUAAGCAGAUCACCACCGACCAUGUCUGGCGCAUGGUGGUUGAGCAGCUGGAGAGCCCUGGUGUAAUUGUCAUGCUGACAGAGACACACGAGGGGGCUAUUGAGAAGUGUUACCCAUACUUCCCUAGGAGUCCUGACGACCCUCCCUUGGAAGUUAAUGAGAGGGAUGAGUUUGGCGACGGCUUUCGCGCGACGGUCAAGUGUGAGGCCAUCGAGGAGACGCCGGCCGGUGAUGCGAUUGAGUUGAGAAAAUUGGUAAUUACGGUGCAUCCAAAGAGGGAGAUUCCCCUGGAAGGGAUCGAUGGCGAUGAUGAUGUCAAGAUGAAGAGUCCUCAGGCUUUGCAGGAAAGAAGUGCUUCAUCAACACCCAGCUCAGCUACGCCAAUCACAACCUCCUCAGCAACAACCCCAAUCAACCCAUCAACCCCAGCCCUGCCCACUGCCAACCUAAUCUCUGCUCCCAUUAGCCAGCCCGCAACCCCCCAGGAACCCACUCCCCGCACAGCCUUCGACUCUUCAGCCCCCGUCGACCAACGCAUAGUCUACCACUUCCUCUACAAGAAAUGGCCCGACUUCGGCGUCCCGUCCCUCUCCGACCUCGACUCCUUCUUCACCCUGAUGCGCCUCUCCCGCGAGAAGAAUUCUUCCCCCUCUAACCCUCGCAUCGUCCAUUGCAGCGCCGGCGUCGGCAGGAGUGGGACGUUUAUUGCAUUGGAGUAUCUCAUGGGGGAGUUGGAACGGGGCAUUUUGGAGGGAUGGGAUGACAGAGUCGAGGAGUUAAAGCAAAGGGACCGGAGCGGGAAUCAGCAAGGUGAUGGGGAAGGGGCAGGCGGGAUGCAAUCGGCGUUGCCGCCGGAUUAUGCCAGGGAGGAUUUGGUGUUUGAGGUGGUGGAUGCUUUGAGGGAGCAGAGAAGGACCAUGGUACAGGCUGAGGCGCAGUAUGAGUUUAUUUAUCGCGUGUUGAGGAAGUUUUGGGUGGAGAAGUAUGGUCCGCCUGAGGAGGAGGAAAUUGAUGGGCAAGAUGAAAGUACAGGGGAUGGAAAGGGUAACGCUGGAGGUUCAGGAGGAUGUGGGGGUUGUGGUGACGAGGAGCAGAUGGAGGGAGAGGGGGCCAGAGAUGGCGAGCCGGCUGCGAAGAGGCUCGUUGUUGACAGGAGUUAG